GGCAUUCUGUCUGCCGGAGAGAAUCACCACAUGCGUUUUGCAAUUCGUCGUGAUCGGACGUGGAAUUUGCGGGCGGUCAGUUCGUUGGAAGUUUAUCCUUUUUUUUUACGUUCUUUCGUAACGUCGAUCUUUCGCACUAGUUCGCUCGCUAUUGAAGAAAAUCCGACCGGAAACUUCGCGUUACGUUCGACCGUAUGUGAAAACAACCCAAGUGCUCUAUCAUACCCACUACUAGCAAUAGCAUUCGAAAGUGAAUGAAAUUCACACUACACAACAAUGUGCUGAUGAAAGUUGAUUCCAGUAGUGACACACUGAAGUGCACUCAAAAGUUUGUAGUUUUUGGAAUCGUUUUGGGGCGGUUUUGGGAGGAGUGCUGUCGUCGGGUGACAAUCCAAAACAAGGAUCAAUAUUGGCAAACAGUGUGACGCACCAUAAAAUGUUGGAAUUCUACAGCAACAUCAGCAGCCUUGGUGGCAACAACAACAGCAACAACAAUACCGGAAUAACACAGGGACAAACCGGAACGGACACCGGUUUACGGGAUAAUCCGUUGGAAGGCAAUGAUCAUACAGACAUUGUUGGUACGAUAAAAUGCGAAAAAGCUCAGGAAAUCUGCGAAGGAUGCGGCCACAAAAUCAAAGACCGCUACUUUAUGAAACUCUCCCCGGACCAGUACUGGCACGAGCAAUGUCUCCUGUGCUGCAUCUGCCACAUCCAGCUCAACCAGUCCUGUUACUCAAAAAACACCAAGCUGUACUGCAAGGACGAUUACUACCGAAUAUACGGUCUUUCUACGCUCAGCCAACAGCAGCCAAAUGUGUCCCGCGAUUGUUAUGGCUGCGGUGAACGGAUAAACCCAAACGAGAUGGUGAUGCGGGCAAAAAACUUAGUCUACCAUCUAAGUUGCUUCCUGUGCUACACCUGCAAUAGACCGCUACAGAAGGGUGAACCUUUUUCGCUGCGGGCCGGAAAACUCAUUUGCCAACACGAUCUGGAAAAAGAUUUGUACAGUAAUCUGCAUUCGAUGCAUCCGCACCUUCCAGCUCACGGCAUGUACGGUGAAGACGACUACCUUCUGGAUGACGGAAUUCGAUCCCGGGACGGCCGUCGAGGACCCAAACGACCCCGUACCAUCCUCACCUCAGCCCAGCGGCGUCAAUUCAAAGCUUCGUUUGAUGUUUCACCCAAACCAUGCCGAAAGGUACGGGAAGCACUAGCCAAAGAUACCGGUCUUUCGGUUCGUGUCGUACAGGUCUGGUUUCAAAAUCAGCGAGCAAAGAUGAAGAAAAUAUCCAGAAAGAGCAAAUCCGGUCUGAACAGCGGUAGUGGUGACACCGAUAAGAAUCAUUCCGACAAGGAAGACAAGUCGGUCAAACUGGAAUCACCCAGCAGCGAUCAUAGUCAUUAUCUUGGAGUCGAUGGGUCGUACGGUGGUUCGAAUCAGCCGCUAAAUCCCAACAUACCCUACUCGCCAGAUUUCCCGGAAAACUCCGACGCAAGCAUGUGUAGCAGUGACAUUUCGCUGGACGAAAGCUUCGACAAUAUUGACGAAGGCACAUCGGAUACCAUGUCCCUGCAGAACCUAGAUCUGCAAUCCAAUUUGAACGGCGCCAACGCCAACAGCAAUAACGGUCCCAACACAGUCAAUCACAACAACAACAGCAUCGGUUGCCUCAUGACCGGCACCAGCAUAACCCACAUUGAUAAACUCUACCUAAUGCAAAAUUCGUACUUCAAUUCUACACUCAACGAACAAUAGAAAAAAAAACUCCUUCGAGUUUCACAACAACCAAAAACAGAGAGCUCCAAAAAUGCCUAACAUUGAAUUAAGCUCAGCGGAAAAGCAAAUGCGCACCAUCAAACGCAUGGUCCCACUAUUAUUUACGAGAAGUACUUUAUGUGUUGGGUCGUAAUUUAUUGUCGAACUACAUUUCUAGUCAAAUAAUUUAGGUUUCCAGUCAUUGGAUGUGGGUACAACUGUGUUGUCCUCGUUGUCCCGUUUUACAACAAACCAAAGCUAUAAUAUUAGAAUCCAAACAAAAAAAAACAGGCUGUAAUAAUCUGUAUAUUUGUGUAAUUAUGUUACCAGCGAGCGCAAUGUAUAUGAUAAGUUUUUUUUUCUAUUUUUUUCCUUGUCGCCCUGAUUAACAGUUGUUGAUAUUUGCUAAAUUGGAUUAGAUGCAUUGUUUGCUGUAAGGAAUAUAGAAAUCAGAAACGGUCGUUCAAAGCAGCGAUCCGAAAGAUCCAACAUCACUUCAUAAGCAAUGUAAAG